CAGAUUCACAUCUGGGACUUUCCGUCCGGAAAAGUGGCUUCCAGAGGCGCAUAAAAACCUUUGGGGAGUUACAGAGAGUUCCAUUUAGUGUUAGAGACGUAAACACACAGAGACACGCCAGUGAUGGAAGAUCAUCAAAACGAGGCGCUGCUUCAGCGCGUGCCAAGCCAGGAGACCCUCGUGAACCGCAGAAGGGGCGCCAAUGGAAAGGCACUGAAGGUGGCCGGACUGACGGUUCUGGCCUGUCUGCUGCUGGCGGGACAGGCGCUCACCGCGUACCUCGUCUGGGGUCAGAAGGAACACAUCAGUGCUCUGACCACUGGCCAGGAGAAGCUGAAGGCGGAGCUCACCAGAAAGAUGUCCGGCGCUCCUCCAAAGGCCAUGCAUCUUCCCAUGAACAGCCUGCCCCUCCUGAAGGGCUUCCCCGAUGAGUCCUCUGACCAGACCUCCAGCAAGAAGAGCAGCGUUCCUCUCACUAAACUGCGACCAGCUUUCACAAACCAUAGAGAGGGCAGUGGACAGGAUGCUUCCAGACUGAUGCCGAAGCAGAUGCAGCUGCCGAUGAGGAGCCUGCCACUGCUGAUGGACGAGGAGGUGAAGAGCUCUCCUGAAUCAGCUGUGGAGGUUCAGGGUAAGUGUCAGCUGGAGUCUCAGAAGGAGGUCAGACCUGGGUUCUUCAAGCCUCAGUGUGAUGAGCAGGGUAACUAUCUGCCCAUGCAGUGCUGGCACAGCACCGGAUACUGCUGGUGUGUGGAUAAAGACGGCCACGAGAUCCCAGACACACGCAUUCGUGGAGGCCCACUCCCCCAGUGCAGCUAAGAUGCUGAGCUUCUCGAGUGAAUCAUCUCUUCUAGAAAUAAAGAGAAUAACUCCAGUCCUUUAUCCUGUCAUUAGUUUCAGCUCCUGGCGAUCAAUCAGUCCAUAUGGAUUAUAUUAAAUGGGAAUAACCCAAUAACCUUCCUAACUGAAGAUCUCUUCUUCUGAUCUGUGUCAGAAUAAAUAAACAUACGCAGCAUAUUAGUUAUUAGUGCUGGUCUAACCCUUAUUCUAAUAAUAUCUCCAGAAAGUCCUCUGUGUGACACCAUUUCUGUUUUAAUUUGAACUCACAGCAUGAAUAUUACAGUGCUUAUGACUGUAAAUAAACACAUGCUGUUUCCAAA